AUGCUCCUCGAAGUCCUCUUCCACAUCCACAGCUUCACCAUAACCCGCCCUUCACGCCCUCUAGACGCACCAUUCCACACAGGCUUCCAAGACCCCGUGGCAAAUAUGACGGCGCGCAAAAAUGCCGUCCUGCUUAUGCUCGCCCGCAACUCGGAAGUCAGUGGCGCGGUAGACAGCGUCCGCAGCGUGCAGAAGCAGUUCAACGAUCAUUUCGGGUACCCAUGGAUCUUUCUCAACGACAAGCCAUGGAGUGAAGAGUUUAAAGAGAAGGUUAGCGAAGCAGUGCAAAACACAUCUGCCGCAGGGCACGCCAUGGAGGAAGACAAAAUUCAAUAUGCCGCCCAAGAAGGAUACCACCACAUGUGUCGCUUUCAAUCAGGAACCCCUCUUUCUAAAACCCCCCUACCCAGCUUCUUCCACAAGCACCCCUCCCUCCUCCGUUACAAAUACUACUGGCGCGUCGAACCCUCCAUCUUCUUCACCUGCGCCAUCCCCUACGACCCCUUCGCCCACAUGCGGCGCAACAAAAAACGCUACGCCUACACCAUCGCCCUCUGA